CUGGCUGCCUCUGCCUCUUCCAGGCAGGAUGGAGGCCCACGCUGGGCCCAAGGCUCCCUGCCUCUCUCAAUGUGAUCGCACGUUUCAACGGACAGGUGAUACCAACUGGGAUUCAUAUGCUACCACAAUGAAGACAGCAUUCACACAUAAAACAGGAGAAGUGCCAGCUUUAAUUCGCCAGAAAAGUAUCAAAAGAUUAGGAUACACAUACUCACUUAGUGAUCCAAUUCUGAAUCAGACCCAAUACAAUGAUGAAUAUGCUUGGAAAUUGUAUUCUAGAGAAAAUCUGAUAACAAAUGAAGCUUCAAGAGGAAUCAAGAGCCACAAAUUACAUCCCACUCAAGGAUUUCAAUGGACACUGCCCCAAGGGCAUUCAGUGAUGACACCAAGAAGCUGCCUCCCUUGGAAAAUCCCUGCUUCCAUGGCAGAAAUUCAGAAGGCAAUCUCAGACCAAUUUAUUUCCUGUACUAUGAAAGACUUUGUGGACCCAGCCACAGCUCAAAAGGUUAAGAAAAGUUCUCAGGUGUCCUUGGAAUGGAAAAAGUUCCUUCCCAGACCUCUAGACACUGAAUUUCGACGGAAUUACCAAAUUCCAGCUAAAAUUCCUGAGUUGCAGGACUUUAGUUUCAGAUAUGGAUGCUACUCAAGCCUGCCAAUCGCUUCUCGGGGUCUAGUUCCCUCUGUGCUGCACAGCUUCAUGAGGAAUCAAGAACGCACGAAGCAGCAGACCAUUUACCAAAGUGACUAUGGGAAAGCCUACCUGGACUUCUUAAUGAUCCUGAGCUCAUUCACUCCCUCUCAAGUCAAUGAGUACCUGCAGAGUGUUUCUUACAAGGACAGACAAAUACUUGACCACUUUAUCCGUUCUCACCGUGACAUCAACAAAGGGAAGAAAUGAAAAUAGCUUACCUGAAAACCUGAAGAUUAUUGGAAAUACAAAGGCCUAUCUAUUCAUUUUGUCAAAAAUUAAGGAAAAAUAAG